CACUGUGCGUAACAAUCUCUGGUGCCAUAGCAAGGAUGGGUGCCCAUGGCGCCGCCGGCCCCCUCGCUCUGCCGCCGCCGCCGCUUUCGAUAGACACUCGCGGCCGAGAUGGGGCCAUCGGCGAGCCGGACGACGACGGCGGCGAGCCCCUGAGCCCUACGGCACGCAUGUUCCACGACUUCUACAUCGUCGCCGUCGUCGGCCUCGGCACGCCCAUCGAUUUCCACCCCGCCCGCGCCGGCCUCGAGGUCACCCUCGUGCGCCACCCCCGCUUCAGCAGCAUCCGGGUGAUGGACGGGCCGGAGCCGCGAUGGGUCCGGACGGUCGUGAACCUGGACGACCACAUCAUCGUGCCGGACCUGGACCGCGCCGCCGUCUCGGCGGACCCCGACAGGGCCCUGGAGGACUACGUGGCUUCGCUGUCCACGCUGCCCAUGGACCAGUCGCGGCCGCUCUGGGAGCUCCACGUCCUGGACUUCCCGACCUCGGAGGCCGCGUCGGCGGUGGCCUUCCGCAUCCACCACGCGCUCGGCGACGGCGCGUCGCUGGUCUCCCUCCUCCUGGCGUGCACGCGGAGCGCCGCGGACCCCAAGGCCCCGCCGGCCAUGCCGUCGUCCGCCCCGGGCGCGCGGCGCAGGGCGCGCCCCGUCUACGGCGCCCCGCCGCGGCCGGCGUGGUCUGCGGGCGUCCUGGCGCUCGCCGCCUGGGCCCUGUCGUGGGCCCUGCUCGCCUGGCACACCGCCGUCGACGUGGCGCGCUUCGUCGCCAUGGCGCUGCAGCUCGUGCGCGACCCGCCGACGCUGUUCACGGGGGUGAAGGGCGUCGAGUCCCGGCGCAAGCGCUUCGUCAUGCGCACCCUCAGCCUCGACGACGUCAAGCUCGUCAAGCACGCUCUGGGCUGCACGGUAAAUGACGUUCUAGUUGGAGUGACAUCUGCUGCUCUGUCACGGUAUCACUUCCGAAAACUAGGGAAUGACAAUGACACAAACAGAAGCACAUGCUUCAGAUCAGUUCUUUUCGUCAACCUAAGACCAACGUCUGGUAUACAACAACUGGCUAAGAUGAUGGAGUCUGGUAAUAAGCACAACGACCUGAAAUGGGGAAACCGACUUGGCUACAUUGUGCUCCCCUUCGAGAUCGUGAAGCACGAUGACCCUCUUGACUACGUCCGCAACGCGAAGAAGACUGUGGACAGGAAGAAGCAUUCCUUCGAAGCGAUCGCCACUCAUGUCAUUGCUGAGACGGUCACCAAACUUUUCGGCAUCGAGGUGUCAACUGGUCUCUUCCACCGUAUGAUAUCCGGCACCACCGUGCUGUUCUCCAACAUGAUCGGCCCUGCCGAACCCAUAGAGUUCUACGGGCACCCGGUUGCCUACAUUGCGCCAAGCAACUUUGGGCAUCCAUCGGCGCUGACUAUACAUUGGCAAAGUUACAUGGACACUAUCAAGAUCAUACUUGCCGUGGACGACGCGCAGUUUCUUGAUUCUCACGACCUCCUGAAUGAUUUUGCCGAAUCCCUGGAGAUGAUAAGAAAAGCAACGUCUAGAGCACAAGUACUCAAAGGUUGAUUCUAAGUACAUACGCUGACCGUUUCGAGUGCUGUAAGAUGUGUAGUCCGCAAGACUUCCUGGGAGGAUGAUGGCUAGCUACUCGCGAAUUACUUCUAUAUAUGCGUGAGUUUAGACACUCCGUUUGUGCAAAGGAAACUGUAAUCCGGCCUAAUCCUAACUCAAAGCAGUUAAUCCUAACUGUGAUGGGUGGAUUCCUUUGAUGGCUUUGAGAAACAAGGGAAAUGUUCCAAACGGAGAGGAAAAAAUGUUCAAUCCAAAAUA